GUCUCAGGUCAGCUGAGAGCCCCUCCUGGGAAAGUUGCAGGUAUUGCUUCUCCCUUUUAGCAAACACCAUGUCCUCCCACCACUAACCUCUCUCCUUGCCCUGACCAGCAAUCUAUAGCAUCUGGGUCCUCAGGGAGGGGGUGGAGGGUGACCCUGAGUUCUAAAUAGUCUCUGGAAGCUCAGAUGAGUCUGCGUUUCCAGUUCCCACUGCCAGCUGCAGGCCACCUCUGCACUCCCCACCAAGCAGCUCUUGGAAAGCAAGCCAACCCUGCCCCCCAACAAAGUCCCCAUAGCCCAUAGGGAGCCCCAGGUUCCCAAGACUCAAAUCUACUCUUACACCUGACUCAGGUACACCCAUUCAGCUCCUCCCCUCGCUCCCCUCCUGGCACUGGGGAGGUAUUGAUUUCUGGCCAGUCGUGUUCCAAGCUGUGCUUGCCUCUCUUUUAGUUCCUAAUAAUGCAUGAGUAACCUGGUCAGGGUCCAUGGUGGCAACUGCCUGAGCCAUUCUGUCCCCUUCCCCAGAAAAGACUAAUAAGGAGAGAAGAGUGGGCAGAAGCAAAAGAGCCCUCUUCCUCCUCCGCCAAAGCCACCCCCAUCUUACUCCCUGCAAGCCUGCUCCUUCCCCUGCCGUUCAACAGAUAUUUCUUUCACAUCCACUACAUGCUGGCCACUGAGGGUACAACGAUGAAUACGUGCAGGGCCUGUCCUCAGGAAGCUCAGGGGUGGGGAUGGGAAGAGGGAAUCACCAGCAAACCAACAAUUACAAUGCAGGGUGAUGAGUGCUGUGAUGGGGGAAGCUCAGGACACUGUAGGGAUCCCCAAAGGUCAGCUGAGCCCUACAGGAGGAGUCAGAGUAGCAGGACAAAGAGCGGCGGUGAGCCUGUCAUUCCUGGACAAAAGGCAGAAUCUCCGAAGCAGGGACCAUAUUGUUCUGGAAUCUGCCAGGACUUUGACUGUUUCCCACAGUGGAGUCUGGGCUUUUUUGGAGGCUUCAGGCCGCUGCGGGGUGGGGGUAAAUGGGCUUUCAGCAGGGUUUGCUUCUAGGAAAUCGAUUCUGGCUGCAGUGAGCUUGGAGGCAGGCCCAGAUUUCAGGCAGGGUGCUGCCUCUUACCAGGCCCCACGGAGCUAGCCAGCCCCAGCACUCCUCCGCGCGGCCAUGGAGGCCCUGGGGCCUGGGGGCGACCGCGCCUCCCCGGCCUCGUCCACUCGCAGCCUGGACCUGCGGCGGCUGUCCGCGCGCGCCGACUCGGCCUACAGCUCUUUCUCCGCGGCCUCGGGCGGUCCGGAGCCACACACGCCGUCGCCUGGGACUGACCUUCCCUACCUAGACUGGGACUACGUGCGCGUGGUGUGGGGCGGCCCCGCCCCCCCGCCGCCCUCAGCCGGCCCUCGCACGUCCUCGCAGUCCCGGCCUGCGGCCGCCGCACGCAGUGGGCCGCGUCCUCCGGAGGUCCAGGAGACCCCAGGGCCGCUCAGCCGGCAGGCCACCCCGCUGCUGUACGCGCUGGCGGCCGAGGCGGAGGCCGCGGCCCGAACCGCCGAGCCGCCCAGCCCACCGGCCUCGCGGGCCGCCUACCGCCAGCGGCUGCAGGGCGCGCAGCGGCGAGUGCUCCGGGAGACGUCCUUUCAGCGCAAGGAGCUCCGCAUGAGCCUGCCCGCCCGCCUGCGGCCCGCGGCCCCCGCGCGGCCCCCCGCGGCGCACCUGCGCUCCGCCUCGCUCAGCCACCCGGCCAAGGAAGUGGAGCAGGCGCCCUCCGCAGCUCCCGCGCCAGGAACCGCCGGUCGGGGGCGCCUCGCCAACCAGCAGCGGACGUGGUGCUUCUCCGAGCCAGGGAAGCUGGAUCGCGUGGGUCGGGGCGGUGGGUUGGCUGGGGAAUGCUCCGGCGAGACCUGCUCCAGCUCUGGGCUCUCCAGGCCUGAGCCCCAGGUAUUGCAGUGUCAGGCCCUGGCAGAGUUCGAAGGUCACCAGAUCAAAUGGCUGCCUGAGACCCAGCCCAGAGGCAUAGAGGACCCAGAACCCCCGUCCCUGAAGUUGGGCAAUGCCUCCAGGCCUGCCAGUCUGAGUCGGAGCACUUCAGGUGAAGCCUUGGCUCCCCGAGGAGGUCCAGGAGAGGUCAUGCCCAUUGUCCAGGCAGUUCCCCAAGGAGCAGAAACCCCCAGACCAUUGUUUCAGACCAAACUUUCCAGGUUCCUGACUCAGAAAGAAGCUGCAGUGGUGUGUCCUGCAGAGGGCCCCCAGAGCUGUCCCGCUGACUGUGAGCAGAGGCUCCCAGAGACCUGCCUGGUAUCCACCCAGCUCCCAUCCCUGCCUGAUGAUGACGUUUUCCUGGAAGAAGCCCCGUUGGUCAGAAUGAGAUCACCUACAGACUCUCAUGACCCCGCAGGGCUCCCAACCAGUGUCCAUGCCUCUGACCAGCAGUAUGGAGCUGGCUUGGGCAAAAGGGCUGACCAGGCUACAAUUCCCCGAGAGCACCCCCUCCAUGAGUGCCCAGAGGCUGCAGGGGCAGAUGACUGCUGGCAGGGGGUAAACGGUUCUGCGGAUGUCUCCAGGCCCACAUGCUGUUGCCACCCUGGGACUGCAAAUGGUGACAUCCCAACCUUUGACCCCACUGGACCGCUGACCACUGACCCCUCUGCAGCUGCAGAGAGUGACUCCCUCAAACCUCUCCCAGUUGAUGCCCUGGGACCUCCAGGCAAGGAUACCCCUGGGCCUCUAGACCACAAUGCCCUGGCUUGGGGUACUGGCCAGCCUGGUUCCAGGCCAACAUGGCCCAGUCCACGCCUUGAGGAGCUGGUUCAGGAGCUGGCGAGACUGGAUCCCUCUCUGAGUGACACUCUCACCUCCUAUCCCAGCCCAGAGCCACCCGUGGGCCUGCUGGAUGGGCUGAUUCCUUUAGCCGAGGUCUGGGCUGCAAUGAGGCCAGCCUUUGGGGAGGCUGGAAAGGAUACUGCUGGUACUUCUGAGCCAGGGUCUUGUCUAUUUAGCUCCACCCAGCUCCUGCCAACUUCUCAGGAGGAGACAAAACCUGAAAGCCUUACCACUCACCCUGUGCCUGACCAGCCAUGUGGCCAUGGUCUCCCUGAGCCAAAUAACAGCAUCCAAGCCAAGAAAGUGGAGCUGGCCGACCUCCUCCAAAAGAUGCUGCGGGACCUGCAGGCUGAGCAGGAGCAGCUGCAGAGGGCCGCCCAGGCUUGGGUCAGGCGCGGGGCUGCCCUGGAGGCCGCGGUAGGCCAGGCCUGUGCACCCCGCGAUCUAGAGCGGUUCAGCCGGUUCAUGGCCGAUCUGGAGCGCGUGCUUGGCCUCCUGCUGCUGCUGGGCAGUCGCCUGACCCGUGUGCGCCGCGCGCUGGCCCGGGUGGGUGCAGACAGCGACCCUGAGGAGCAGGCCUCUCUGCUGCAGCGACUCGGGCUCCUGCAGCGACAGCAGGAGGAUGCCAAGGAGCUGAAGGAGCACGUGGCGCGGCGCGAGCGGGCCCUGCGCGAGGUGCUGGUGCAGGCGCUGCCUGCCGAGGAGCUGCGCACCUACUGCUCCCUGCUGGCCGGGAAGGCCGCCGUCCUGGCGCAGCAGCGCAGCCUGGAUGAGCGUGUCCGGCUCCUUCAGGACCAACUGGACGCCAUCAGGAGCGACCUUGGCCAUCAUCCCCCACCUCCCAAGCCGGCCUGUCCCGCAGGGACCCGUCCUCCCAAUAAACCGCCCUUCCCCCCUCCCCUCAUCUAGUUACUGGGGUGGGGGGUGGGGAGCACCGACCCUGCCUCUCACCCACAUAACUGGGGGUGAUGCUAGUAUUCCGUGCUUUUCCCUGGAGGUGAGGAAGACCCAGCCGGGCCCUCCCAGGAUACUUCUUCCAAAUGUUCUCAUGUGGCCUUACCCAAGUCUUGUGGAUUACUUGGUAAUUUGUGGAUUUAAAACACUGCAGUAUUCCCCCUUUUUGUGAUGAGAGAGGGGCUCAUCAGGGUUGAUUGGAUGGAGAGGAGACAAGUCAGAGGACCACUUCAACUUAAGAUGCCAAACAGCCUCUUUUUUUCCUCUCAAUAAAAAUUGA